CGGCCCGAGAUUUAUUUAUGGUCGUUGGUCUGAUUGGCGGGCAACUCGAACCUGGUUGGCUGUCACACCUGUGCCCUUGAUCUUGUCUGCCCGCCUCCGUGGGUUAUGAGUCUGAAGUCGUGACACGUUCAACCUAAAAAUGCCCUGGACGUAUCUGUCCCUUCAAACCUGAUGUUGGCCAGGCUCGAUGGAUUCGCACCCACGCCGAAACAAGCGCGCCACCGCCCGUGCAUUUGAGCUCUGCAAGACUGUACGCACACGAUCCGCGGCUUCAGAAGCAAGGAUGGUCGCCUCAAACAGACCAAACGACGCUUGGACACGGAGACGUGGCGUUCUGGAGCGGGUCUACUCGGCUACUCGCACGCGACGCCGCCUGACGCGUUGUUGAUUCACUCACUAGCACAGGAGGUAUUGGUCUAUCCCCCUCUUGCGCCGCCUGGAUCUUUCUCGCCGGACGUCGGUGGUAUCUGUGGUUCGAGUUUGCCAUAAAGAGGCAGGUCGGUUACUACAUGAAAUGGUGCUUUGACGGAGAAGAUUUGAAGAGGAUCACCGUGCACACUGUGUCAUCUCCGCGGCAAGCAAUCCGACGUGAGAACUCGUUGCGAUACAGUAUUACUAUUACUGAGUGGCACACAAGACUCUGUCGCCGUGCCAAUCUUGACCUCCUUCCCCGAUCUCCUGAGCUAUUCGACGACAAGAGAAGCUUAGCUGAGGCCGAAACACCGGACGGCAACUGCCGAGGACAACAGCGAUGACUCGAGCACCGCUGACGCUAUCCCACAAGACGCUCGACUACACAUCCACUUUCGCCUUCUUUGGCAGAAUCAAACUUCUUCGAAACCACCUUCGAGCUCGGACGCUCGUUUGCUUCAGGUCUUGUUGCUCUAAAGGCAGAAUUGACUGCAUGCGGAUGUCGCGGAUACCCACUUUCAUGUAUCGGACUCUUCGUCGCCCAGGAUCCGCCACCUUCGUUUUCGCCUGUAUAACAAGUCUGCACCCUCGGACCGUCCGUGAUUACUGCUCGCGACAUCUUGGACGGAACGGCAUGCGUUAAUCUUGCUCGCGGUCUCGCGUAGCGUGCCGAGAUGGAGACCGGGUUGCGUGUGAUGGAUACUGUCGGUGACGGUCGUCAGCACCGUCAAGCACGACUCGAAGAAGCAUUCGCAACACAGAGCCAUCUACGAGCUUCAGCUAGAAAUACAUAUAAUCUGCUGGGAGAACGCUUUGUCUCGCGGAUUGUCGAGCCGUGAAACGGCUCCGGCUGUACUCUCACCUCACGCUGCCAGCUGGAUAUUAUCUCAAGGCGGGCUGGUCUGUUUUCCUGCUGAUCUGCGCAAGACCUCGAGCUCCG